UUGCCAUUAGUCAAUGACUUAGCCUUAGUACGAGCUAUAUUUUUAAAUAAAUAAAAUAUUUUAUAUUAAUAAUUUUAUUGUAUUGAACUAAAAACAUGUCGGAGCGUAAAGUCUUGAACAAAUAUUAUCCGCCGGAUUUUGAUCCGUCGAAAAUCCCUCGUAUGAAAUUAGCCCGAAAUAGGCAAUAUACAGUUCGUUUGAUGGCCCCUUUCAAUAUGAGAUGCAAAACUUGCGGGGAAUACAUUUACAAAGGAAAGAAAUUUAAUGCCCGUAAAGAAGAUGUUGAGGGUGAUGAUUAUUUAGGAAUACGGAUUUACAGGUUUUAUAUAAAAUGUACUAGAUGCCUCCAAGAAAUAAGCUUUAAAACAGACCCUAAGAACACGGAUUAUGAGAUCGAAGCAGGUGCCACCAGAAAUUUCAUGGCUUUGAAAUUGGCAGAAGAACAAGCUCAAAGAGAGGAGGAUGAGGAAAAAGAGGAAGAAGCUACCAAUCCAAUGAAACUCUUGGAAAAAAGAACAUUGCAAUCGAAACAGGAAUUAGAAUUGUUAGAAUCAUUAGAGGAAUUAAAAGACCUGAAUCGCAGGCAACAAACUAUUGAUUAUGAUCAAAUGUUAGAACAAUUUGAUACAGAAGCAGUCAAACAAAGAACAGAAAAGGAACAAGAAGAAUAUGAUGAGCAAUAUGUUAAAACAGUAUUUCGUAAAAAAAUUAUUGUAGAAGAAGAAAUUUUAGAAUUAGAUGAGAAUAAAAAUGAUGAACCACCAAAAAAGAUGAUAAAGAAAAGUAAAAAUAAAAUUGAAAAUAAUAAGGUUCAAUCUGUAGCAGAACAAGAAAAGCCUAAGGAAACUCAAAGAAUAAAACCUUCUGAAACAUCAUUAUGGUCUGAAAGUACACCAUCAUCAUCAAAUAGAAAAAACUUGUUGGGCAUAGUUAAAAAAAAAAUAAAUUUAGUGAAUACUAAAGUGAAUUCAAAUUCCACAAUUACUAGUACUGAUAAAGAAAAAACAGAAACUGUGACAAGAGAAGAAACAGAUGCUUCUAUGGAGAAAAGUACAAAUUUAAAUAUAAGCACAUUUGAGAGUAUGUAUAAUUCAACAGGGAACAGUAAUAAUGGUCUGUCUUUAUUGGGUGCAUACUCUGACAGUAGUGAUAAUGAUAGUAAUUAACGUAGUAUGUAAUAUAUUGUACAUAUAAUUUAAUUUUAUAAAUUUUAUUUUAAAAUAAACUAUACAUACAAAAUGUACAGAGAAAAAAUAUAAAUAAUCUCAUCGAAUACAAUAGUGUAAAUCAAAGUA